AUGGAGCUGACCCUCAUGAUCAUCCUGUUCUCCCUCCUGCAAGGAAGCCCUUCAGCUCUCCUAUUCAACCUCUCCCCGACAAAUGCCACAGCGAUAAACCUGGACUCAGUGUGUGGACGCCCACGUGCAUCAGGCCGAAUCCUGUCAGGGCAGGAUGCCAAGCCGGGCCAGUGGCCAUGGCAGGUCAGCCUGAGGGAGUAUGGACAGCAUGUGUGCGGGGGCUCCUUGAUCACCGAGGACUGGGUGCUGACUGCAGCUCAUUGCUUCGACCGAAGCCAGCCACUGUCUGCCUAUUACGUGCUGCUGGGCACCAUCUCCUCCUACCCUGACGCCAGCGAGCCCCAGCAACUCCGGGCUGUGGCGAAGUUCAUCAGCCACCCAAGCUACAUGCACAUACACAGCAGUGGGGACAUCGCCCUGGUGCAGCUGACCUCCCCGGUCAUCUUCAGUGACCUCAUCCUUCCAGUCUGCCUCCCCAAACCCAGAGACCCGCUGGGUCAUGGCACCUGGUGCUGGGUCACUGGCUGGGGGAAUAUCAACAUAAAUCUACCGCUCCCUCCACCCUUCACCCUGAAGGAGCUGCAGCUGCCCCUCAUUGACACCCAGACCUGUGACACCUACUACCAUGAGAAUUCUGCCACCCCCAGCCAGAAGCCCAUCAUCCUGGACGACAUGCUGUGUGCUGGCUUUGAGAGUGGCGAGAAGGACGCCUGCGGGGGUGACUCCGGAGGCCCCCUGGUCUGUGACAUUGAUGGUGUCUGGACCCAGGCUGGGGUAGUGAGCUGGGGCUCUGGCUGUGGCCUCCCCAAGAGGCCAGGUGUUUACACCAAUGUCAGUGUCUACACCACAUGGAUUCUCAGCACAAUCCAGAACUCAGCCCCAGAUGACAGAAGCUUCUCUCCAAGCCCUGCUGGGAUCUUUUUCGUUGCCUUAUUGUUGUCCCUGGGGCUUGCCUAA